UCAUCAGGCAGGCAGCUUCGGGACCAGGUGGGAGGGGCCCAUUGUGACCUCCUGGCUGCACCCGGGCCUUUGUGACUGUUGCCUGGGGCAGCCUGGGGUCGCCCAGAGCCCUCAAUAAGAGGGUGGCAGGUUGGGCCAGGCCAGAGCCUGGACCUGGGGUCAGGAAGAGGUUGCAGGGAGGGAUGGAGGAGCUGAAAACCCUGGGCCCCUGCGGCCACCCCCACCCCCACCCCCAGUGUCCCCCAGCCCCAGCCUCCAGCAGCCAUGGAGGAGGCCUGGACCAGCCCUGCCAGGGUUUUGUAGGGUGGCCCUGCCUGGGCCCCAUCUCCUCUGCUCACUCAGUGCAGUCCCAGAGACCUUUCCCAGUCCCAGGGGCAGGGGGCAGUGGGCCUACGGUGGAGGGCGAGGCUCCCGGGCUCUUUCUGUCCAGCCAGGAGCAGAGAGCGAGAGACACUGAGGGGCCGAGACAAGGAGACCUGGAGUCAGGGCUCGGGUGGGACUGGCCCCUGCACCCAGGGUCGAACCAGGGGGCUCCCAGGCAGAGGGGAUCCAUUAGCUCCGGGCCCAGACCCUGCCCAUGCCCACCCCUGUUGCGGGAGGGAGGGGCCCUGGCCUCGCCCAGGGCAGCCCUGUCCCAGCUUCAGUGCGGGCUGCUGGGCUCUGCAGAACAGUCCUUCCUGCAGCUAGAGCAGGAGAACCACAGCCUGAAAAGGCAGAACCAGGACCUUCGGGAGCAGCUGGGGGCCCUCCUGGGGCCGGGGCAGCACUUCCUGCCCCUGUGUCCCGAACACUCAAGCUGCACUCCCCUGGCCUGGCCCCCCGACCCGGCUGGCACGCAGCCCUUGGGGAACAGGGCACCUCUGCAGCUGCUGCGGCGGGAGCUGUGCCAGGGGCAAGAGGCUUUCGUGCAGCAGUCCCAGAACGAGCUGCAGCAGAUCCGCCUGUGCUUUGAGAGGAAGAAGAUGGUCAUCACAGAGGUGGGGGACAGCGUGGCUGAGAUGCACAUGGCCCUGAACAACCAGGCCACCGGGCUCCUGAACCUCAAGAAGGACAUCCGGGGCGUGCUGGACCAGAUGGAGAACAUCCAGCUGGAGAUUCUCAGGGAGCGGGCCCAGUGCCGCACUCAAGCCAGGAAGGAGAAGCAGAUGGCAAGCAUGUCGAAAGGGAGGCCAAAGCUGGGAAGCUCCAAGACCCUGGCAGGACAGCUCUGGCUGCUGACCCUGAGGCUGCUGCUGGGCACCCUGCUGGUCUGGACCGCUGCCUACGUGUACGUGGUGAACCCCACACCUUUCGAGGGGCUGGUGCCGCCCCUGCUGAGCCGUGCCACCAUCUGGAAGCUCCGGGCCUUGCUGGACCCCUUCCUGCGCCUCGAAGUGGACGGCUUCCUGCCCUUCUAGGCCAGAGGCCCAGCGGCCCCAGUGAGGAGGCCAGGCGACCAGCACGGCCCCGGAUGCCCAGUGGCCGUGUCAGCCCCCUGCACAUGGCACCACUGUGCACCAUCCCUGCCAGGAGCCGCAGAGAAGGGUGGAGGUGGGGUCUGUCCUGGGGGCUGGGCCUGUGGCUGGACAUAGAGUCAUGACAUAUGUG